CUGGGAAUACACGUCAGUUUCAGGACUUGCACACUUUCAGAUCAAUGAGCCGGAGGGAGGAAGGGGGGAGACUCACUUCUGCCUUUUUAGUUUCUCUCUUCCAGGAAGGAAAACAGAAAAAAGGCAAAACAACAUUCAACUGCAGAACACCAGAAAGGACAAGACAACUGGCACACAAUCUGCUAGAUAUUAAUUAGCCAAGCAACAGAUUAUUGAAGGGGCUCCUACUAAUACUAAUGUGGACCCCUAUACUGGCACCCUGGAAUACAAUGUGCUAACUUCUGGUAGUCAGGGGGGGCUGCUGUGCCCUAGGCCACCCCACAUAGCAGUACGUUCUUGUUUCUGGCAAUGUCUUCUAUACAGUGUUGCAUUAAGGAGCAGAUUUCUUGUUCACCCCCAGAAAGCCCUGGGCAAAACUGCAACACGUCCUCACCCUCCCUUCUCCAUGCACCUGGGGCACGAGUUUACAGGAUGGAAGAGGAUGCAGUCAGGCUGCCGGCACACCUGCGUCUUCCCCCUGCACAGUGGACAAGGGAGGAUGUGUCCCAAUGGUUACGAUGGGCUGAGAAUGAAUUCUCUCUGCGUGCCAUAGAAAGCAACACUUUUGAAAUGAAUGGCAAAGCCCUGCUACUUCUAACGAAGGAAGACUUUAGAUAUCGGUGCUCACACUCCGGUGAUGUCCUCUAUGAGGUUCUCCAGCACAUCCUAAAGCAGAGGAAACCAAGACUAAUCCAAUCCUCAAUAUUUCACACUGGAAAUUCCCUACACAGUCACCCCGAAAUCCUGCUCUCCCAUAAUCACCAUGAAGAUCACCAUCCCCAGAGACCUUUACGAACACCUUCUGAUAUGCCACAGCAGAACACCCCCACUAUAGAGCUAUUGCACCGCUCACGCUCUCCACUCUCUUCCAACCAUCACCCUUCCCCUGACCUAGAGCCCCGCCCAUUGCGCUCUCCGCUUGAUACAAACAUUCGACGUCCCUCUCCUGCUGAACGUCUGCAUCGUAUGCAAAGUGAACCCAAUCACCAUGUUCAGGACCCCUACCCACUAUCUGUGUCCCCUGCUGAAGCCAACCAUUGCCCAAUUGAACCUCUUAACAAACCUAGCAGCCCAAGACAGGACAAUCCACGGGUCAUUCAACUAAUGCCAAGCCCUAUCAUGCACCCAUUGCUUCUUAAUCAGCGCCAUGCUGUAGAAUUCAAGCAACCUCGUCUGGGCACAGAUGACGGGCAACAACGGGAAGGCAAGCCCAUGAACCUAUCACACCGGGAGGAGAUGUCUUACAUGAACCAUAUUAUGGUGUCUGUAUCACCUCCUGAGGAGCAGUCUGUGCCCAUGGGCAGGAUAGCAGACUGCCGGCUGUUAUGGGAUUAUGUGUACCAACUUCUAUCAGACAGCCGAUACGAAAACUUUAUCCGCUGGGAGGAUAAAGAGUUGAUGGUUUUCAGAAUCAUUGACCCCAACGGAUUGGCACGUCUCUGGGGCAACCACAAGAACAGAACCAAUAUGACAUAUGAGAAGAUGUCCAGGGCACUUCGCCAUUACUACAAACUGAACAUAAUCCGCAAGGAACCUGGGCAGAGGCUGCUCUUCAGAUUCAUGAAGACCCCAGAGGAGAUUAUGAGUGGACGGACAGAUCGUCUUGAACAUCUUGAAUCCCAGGAACUGGACGAGCAGUUGUUUCAAGAGGAUGAAUGCUGAGUGUAAUUUUGCAAGCUUGUUGCCCACAAGGAAUGCAAGGGAGCUGGGUAGAAGGACAUGCCUUGAUGUAAUUGCUGUCCUCUCCACUGGAAAUAUACUGCCUUGAUUACAAAGAUCUCAGGCUUUCAUAAAGUGCAGUAUUUUCACUACCUAUGGGAAGUCUAUUUACUGUCCAGGUACUGGCUUCAGAUCAGCAACAAGGCAGGAUCAUGAUACUCUCAGGGAGGACCGCUGUACUGUGUAGCCAACAUGAUGUAUUUUAUUUCCGUGGAAGGAUGAAUUAGAUCGGAUAAGGAAAGAAAUGUAUGUUGGCUUUUUAUGUUAAUAUUUUAAUUAUUUGUACGUCUGGAGAUUUAAGACAUUCUUGGAGGUGUUUGCACUGGAGUAAGAUGUAUAUACACUGUGACAUGAAAUAAAGAAAAUAAAUAAUUCAGGCCAACAGAGGACAUAAAUGAGCCCAGAAUGGGCCUAUGUGGCUAUUUCUAUUUAGUUCCACCUCCUAAUUCUUUGGUUCUUACAUCAAUUCCUCCACCUCCUGUAAUUGCACUAGUGACAUAAUGUCGUACAUAUUGUUAGAGAAACAAGGUUUACGCCUAAUACAAAUGGAUGCCAAAAGCCAUGUUGCAUUAAGAAACUUUAUAAAGGUGAGUUGGACUUCUCUGUGAAUUGAUUCCGACAAUAACUGUGUUUUAUCAAAUCACCUUAGAGCCUGUGAUGUCAUCAAAGCCUUGGACACCCCUUCUUGUUGUGGAUGAAAUAUUUGCCCUACAUCAGUACCUUUCUUUUGACAUCACUUAAUACUUGUGACAUCCUCUUUUUGAACAGCAUUUCUACUUGUCCUGUGAAUAGCCAAGUUUGUGUACUCCACAAAGUACCUAAAUCAAUGCCUCAUCCUAACUUCACAUAAAAAGAAAAUAUUCCUGAAAAGAACGUGCUCCGUUUUAUAGAACAGUUCCGAUGUAGGUCAGAUUACUUUGUUUGGGAAUGAAGGGAAAUGCAUAUCACUUGGAAUGUAUUGUUUUCUGUUAUGUCACUUUUUGUUUGUUUUUAAUAGUUGAUUUGUUCUGUAAAAAAAAAGUAUAAAUGAUUUUAUAGUCCA